UAACUAACACGUACUCUUCUCCUUUGAGUUGGACAAUGAAAACAUAAUAUUCUGUUGCGCAAUCCUUUUUGAUUGAAUUUGGCUAUAGCAGGGAUGCAUUUUUCCAGUGCAGCGAAUCAAGACAGCUGGCGACAGGACAGCUUAACAUCGUUCGAUACAUCUCAACGCUCGUCGCACUAGCAUACCUAGUACCUGUACCUCUACAUAGCUAGCACUUACAAGGUGUUUACGUGAUCAAAGUGAUCUAUUCAGGCCUUUCAGGCACCCUUGAAAAUGGAAGAUGGUGCCUCAUCUGCAAACGCCCGGGCUGCUUCUCGAACACGCGGAGACAUCAUUCCGCUUCUGAGACCUCGACCGCCGGAUUUCAGGGAUGGAUACAAAAAAGUUACACGUCCUGAACCUCUCACAUUCGAUCGUGUCAAUGAGGGCCACCCGCCGGCAUCAGGGGCGAUCCUCUUCAAACUUCCGGUGGAGGUGCUCGCAAACAUCCUUCUGCAUAUCCCUGACGAAAGUCUUCCCUCUCUUGCUUUAGUCAACAGCGACUGCCGCCAAUUAGCCAGAUCUCGUCAGUUCAGUAGUAUCUGCUUUGAUUACAGUGACUCCUGCUUUCAACUGGGAACGCACCUGGAGAAAGAAUUGCAAGAACGCCAGAGCAAUGCUGCCCAUGCAGUACGGCCAUCUUUAGGGGCAUGCAUCCGGCAUCUGACCGUUAAUACGGUGUCCUCUCACAUGGAAUCCAGACAUUCUCUGAGGACUAGGGAUGUUAUGUAUCUUUCUCGAGAAAAGUUCCAUUCCCGGUUUGACAGGGCCUCGUCUCUAUACUUCAACAGAUACCUUCCCUCCAUAGAGCGUAUCUUGCCUUCCUUGCCGCAUCUUCGCCGGCUGGAAUGGAGGGACAGCAUUGAAGUGGACUACGAGUUUUUUGAGGCACUUCUGAAGUCUAAUGUCCAUAGUUUGAAACUAUUGGAUAUCAAACCAUCGCAGCAAUGUCAGGCGGAGAUGCUAAAUAGAUUGCCCACCCAACAGUGGCGUCUGCGAACCCUGUAUUUGCAAUCGCGCGACUUCAGUGGACGAGAUGAGGCAGCUCACAGAUAUCCUCCACUCUCUAUCAAUAUUCUGCAAGCCUGCGCCGAAACACUUGAAUCACUGACUUGGGUCGUGGAAGAGCCAUAUGAACCUCAACACCUGCUAGUAUCUAUUGACUACGACUCAAAAAUUCCACGUUUCCCGAAACUGCGUGAUCUGAUCUUGAUAAAGAAUAAUUGGCUGCUCUAUCCUCCCACUAUUCUCCACGCACUGAUCCCCCCAAGUGAGGAGUGCCUGCUUCGGUCGCUGUGUAUCGAUCCAGAAGACAUGGUGGUCUCUGAGCUUCUCGACAAACGUGGCAGAAUCCCGUCCCUGGAAAGACUCGAACUGUAUAAUAAAUGCCCAAGGCUACCUAUGGAUUUUAUUAUUGCCAACGACCAGUUGUCGAAAUUGUCUUUCCAGUUUUCUCUUUCUUCGGAGUUCCUCAGGUUCAAGCUUCUACCGGUGCUAUCGCGUUCGUUCGCCAACCUAACAUCUCUUCACCUUACAUGGCAUGGCGACUUUAUCCCGCGAGAGGAUCUUGAAAUAAUUGGCACAAUUAAAGGACUUGAACAGGUCUGGCUAAGUGCGGGAACACAGACUGGACUUUACUACGAUUGGCUUAUAGACCAUCAGGCCAUGCGUGAAACGUUCUUGCAUUUACCAAGGCUAAGGAGGUUUGCUUUUUCACGAGAUUCAUACCUCAGUACCAGUGAUAGCACAGUUGAAAGAUAUUACUUUGAACGAUACACAGUCGAAGUCAUGCGAGCUAUGGAAGAUGCCGAUCAAUUUCCCCAGGGUCGCUCCCGUCACAACAUAGGGUUUUCGAAACUGUGCCAGAUGAUCUGGGAGAGCCUACACCGGAAGCGAAUGUUGUCGGAAGCACAGAAGUACCUUCAGGAAUUACCAAAUCACCCGCUCGAGUGGAUGUAUUUCGGACAGAUCCCGAUGGAUGUGAAAUGUGUCUCUGGCCGUAAGGAGGCAUAUCCCUCAUUCCAUAAGAGAGAUGAUUGCUUCACUCAUCUCCGGAAGAUGUUUAACUGGGAUACAUACGAUUUGCUCGAGAGAAAGUACGAGUUAGGAGAGGAUAACCACGACCUAGAGGAGGACGAAUAACUCAAAUCCAUGUCGGCUGGAGUUGCGAAGAUAUCCCAAUGUUGGUUUUAUGGAGAAGUUGGCGCUUGAUUCCCUGGGUGCAAAAAGACCAUUAAUAAUGUAGUAGUGUUAGUGUACCUGCAGAAAUCAACAAAUAUCUCGACUUCUUGUCAUAACCUUUACCCGCGGGAUUCAAUAUGACUACCUAUGUACGGGGUGCCAGCCUGU